AUGCCAGCAUCUAUUUUAGAUCCUUUUGUGGUCACCAGUUUGCCACGGCUUCCUCCAAAUGCAGAUCUUGCCAAACUAUGCACUAUACCUAAAAUAGCUUCUUCCGGUGCAAACACUUUUGAUGUGGGUGUGAGUGGGUCGUUUAUAGGCUCCUUUGUUAUCAGACCUUCACCUAGAAUGAUAUGGUCAUAUGCACUUUCACCUCAGUGUAUUAUUCAUGCUUUGGAUGCACAUACUUUUGAGGAAAACGACGAUCAACCAGAGAGAAAAAUAUUUGCUGUGACUUUAACUGAGAGAAAGAAGCACAUUAUGAAGUUUAUUGAUUACGGAAAAUCAACGGAAGAGUCACAAUACAGUAAUCAGGACGACGUUACAUCAAUAUCCACUUUUACAGAAACAAGUGCAAAACUAGAGCCUCUGAAAGAGGUCAAGACCAGUGAAAUUAGACUCGAUGAUCAGAUAAUCGAUCUAUUGAUAUCAUCCAAUGGCUCUCGUGUGUUCACAAUAGAUUUUCGAGGACUUAUUUGUGUCUGGGCGUUUGAAAUGGAUGAGAACAAGAGUUCGGGAAAGCCGCUCUUCUCCUUGAAGACAUCGAAGUUUGCCAGCAAAUCGUCGCAUAUCGUCUUCCAUAAAUUCAUUGACCCUUCACAACUCAAUAUCAAGUCGAGUACUACGAUAGAAUCGGUUGUUUUGCUUGUUGAACUAAUGAAAACUGGACUUUGCUGCCAUAUUUGUGCCAUUAGUCAUGAAAACGUGUUAGAGAUAUCCACUUCUCUAAUAGAGAAAGAUCUAUCGAACAUGAAUAACCUCCACUUUGCUUACGAUCCUUCCGGAAAACUUCUUCUUUUAGAAAGCAAACCGGAUUUGAAGAUUCACUUGUAUUCGCUUCCUUAUACUGCUAAAAUCAAAACUGUUAAUAUUGGAAAAGAGGUGUUUGCCAAAGAACCAGAAGAUUCCACUGUUUCUUUACUUCCAGUGUCCACUAACAGGGUACUAAUUAGCAAAAACAGUACUCUGGCCUUGAUAGAUCUACAAUAUGAGGCUGUGAUUUCAUCCUUAGACUUGUAUACAAGAUCUAAAGAGGUGAAUGGUAAUGCCAAACCACCAAGAUCCAUCACUCUACUUCAGUGUCCCCUAGUUAAAGGAAAUUCUCUAAAGACUAGAGAGUCAUUUGUAUUACUUCUACUAAAGAAUAGUAAGGAUGAUCAUGCUGUUAUGGAUCAUGUGACGUUGGACGUUGGAUUGGGUAAACUUAGAGACGUUUUAGGAAAGGGAUUACAUAAUGAAAUAGAACAAUCGUUUGUGGGACUUCCUCUAUUGGUGACGAAACCAGAAUUUAAGUCCAGUGUGAAAGAAUCAGCGACAUUGUUUGAUAGAUUUAAAGAAGCCAGCAGUAAGAUGAGUCAAACUUAUGAUAAAUUGAAGAAAUUACAUAAGGGAAAGAAGUUUGACGAGCUAGAAAGCAACAUUGUCUCAUUUUUGAAGAUGGAUAAGGCAGACGACAUCGAGAUUUCGGAAAAUUUAAAGGUAUUUGAAGUGGAUAAGGAUCGAAUUGUUGAUCCUUGGUUUAUUAAAAAAGCAACUCUUCUUCUUUUUGAUCAAAACUUUAACGGCACAAUUCAAUUUUUUGAAUCAUUUGUUCCAGAAAGAGCUCUGACCUACCUUCUUACCCAUCCUCUCUUUCCCAAAGAAGUGACACCGGGACUUCUUAAUGCGCUUGAAACGUCUCCUCGGUUGAUGAGACAAGCUAUAGUGACAUGUCCAAACAUCCCGUGCUCGGAUUUAAUUGAACAGUUGAGUCUAGUAGAAAGUGAGGAUAUUUUUAAAGAUAUAGUGGCUCGAUUGAUCGAUGAGUUUUCUUCGGAGAGAAUUACAGAAGAGACAAUCAGGCUCCUAAAGAAACAGUCUUCAAGAUCUGAAGGUAAUGUGAAUUUGGAUAAAAUCAUUCAGAAGAUUUUGAAGCUUAACUACGGCUACGAGAUCCUCAACUCCUUCAUAGACAGUAACGGUUUGGUGUUGAGUUUGCAUUACUCUAAAAAUGAGAGUCAGCUCAUUAAAUUGAUGAACAGAGCACAGAGCAAAAUCAAUACUCUUAAGCAGGACACAGAACUACUUUCAUUGGUGAAUCAGGCGUUAAUUUUGGCUGCAUUGUACAAUGGAAAAUCAAAGGGAAGAAAUAAAGCGGCCAAGAAGAGUGGUAGCCAGUCAGAGACAAUUGUUUUGGAAAGUGAAACCGGCAAAUUGGACUCAAUGCUUCGUAUAUGCAGUAAGCCAUCACCUGCAUUUAGAGAAACAGCAACGGCUAGAAUAGUUCCCUCGUAUUCGGUUGAAAAAUUGGCACUGUAA